AUGAUUAAACAAUCGAAAAUAAAUAUUGCUGAUACCAAUGUCGCUUUGAUCGGUUCCGACUUGGAUAAGAAAUGUAGAUUGGAGAAAGCUCAACUCGAAGAGCAAUGGAAAGUCGCCGGUAAGAAAGAGGGAGUGUUGAUCUGGAGAAUCGAGAACUUCAAAGUUGUUCCAUGGCCAACCGCCGAGUACGGAAAGUUCUACGACGGUGACUCCUACAUUGUGCUCCACUCACAAAAGACUGGAUCCGCCAACUUGAAGCACGAUAUCUACUUCUUGUUGGGUACCUACACCAGCCAAGACGAAGCCGGAACCGCUGCCUACAAGACCGUCGAGUUGGACGACUACUUGGGAGGUUUGCCAGUGCAACAUCGUGAGGUGAUGGACUACGAAUCACAGAGUUUCCUCAACCUCUUUGGUGGAACCAUUUUCUUGUUGUCCGGUGGUGUCGACUCUGGAUUCAACCACGUCAAGCCAGAGGAAUACAAGCCAAGAUUGCUCUGGAUCGUUUCCGACGAGAGAAAGAAGGUUCGUGUUGAACAAGUUGCAUUGGCUACCAAGUCAUUGAACACUGGUGACUGUUUCCUCUUGGAUGCCGGUUUGGUUAUCUACCAAUUCAACGGUUCGAAAUCCCAAGGUUCCGAGCGUAUCAAAGCUUCCCAACUCGCCACACAAAUCAAGGACGAGCGUAAGGGACUUCCAAAGGUUCAAGUUUUCACCGACGGUGACAGCGAUAUCCCCGAUGAGUUCUGGAAACUCUUGGGUGGAAAGGGACCAAUCGGUUCGUUUGUACACCACGACGACGGUCCCAAGAUUGAAAAGACUUUGUUCAAGUUGUCCGAUGCUAGCGGUAAGCUCAUUUUCUCCCAAGUCGCCAAGGGUAAGAUCUCCAAGAAAUCAUUGGAUACCAACGAUGUCUUCAUCUUGGAUCUCGGUUACGAAGUAUUCAUCUGGGUCGGUUUGAAAUCCAAUGCCAACGAAAAGAAGAGCGCUUUCAAGUUUGCCACCGAUUAUUUACAACAAAACGGUAGAAAUCAAUACACCCCAGUCUCCCGUAUCAUGGAAUCUGGUGAGAAUGAAGUAUUCAAUGGUUCAUUUGAUAAUUAA